AUGAACAUGUUUUUACUGCUAGUUUUACUGGUCGGCACUGUAUAUGGAUGUGAUGUUAACGGGGUCAAACGAAGCGAUGGGGAGGAAUUUGUAAGUCACUUACGCCACGGUUAAUGUCAUAAAAUGUGAUUUGCAUUAUAACCAGAUUGAAUUUAGAUCAGCAAAGGAAAAUACGUCCAAUUUGUCCAAAAAUGUGAACAUAAGGCAGACCUUGGUUGGACUGUGAAGACAAUUGGAUGUCUAAACAAGGCCGGAGAACGUCAUCCGCUUGGCGCCAUGGUUGAUGGACAGAAAUGCGAAGUUUUUGAUGAUGGAAGAGGAACCGCUCAACUCGAAAACAUCAAAGAAUGGCAAAAUCAAGGGCCAGAAGGUCCAGAAAGACCCAAUGAAAGAGUCAUCAGAGCAAAGAGAGCUUCCAAUGCACAAUGCGAAGGAAGAAGCGAAGGUAAGAGAUAAAUAUUUUGUGGGAUUACUGUAUCUUUAAAUGAUUUAAAACAUUGAUUCAGGUGUUGAAUGGGAUGAAGGCACCUUCCGUCUUGCUUGUUUCAACAACAACAUCAGAUUCGUUGGCUGUUACACUUCGGAUCGCACGUAUAUCCCGGCUGGAUCAACUGGAACCAUGAACAAAUUCACUUUCAAAUGCGAAGCCAAUGAAUCUGGAGUUCGGAUCUAUCCUCUGGAGAGACAAGGAAGCCUCGAACAAAAGAAGACCAUCGGACCCCCCGGUGUGGCUCCACCCGGCUUCGAAGCCUUCCUUCAUACAGGAGAGGCCAACAAAAAUUCAGGGACAUUGAAGAAAUGUAGAGGGCAUGAAGAAGGUAAUGAUAACAUGAAUAGUCAUUUACGAUUAUUGCAGGCGAAGAGUGGACUGUCGGAUCAUUCAAAGCUCAAUGCCUCGGAGGCGAGACCAAAUGGAUCGGUUGUUUCAAGAAUAAAAUCUUCAUUCCAUUGAACCAACAACAAGAAGUUGACGGCUUUACCUUCCAAUGUCAACCCAACGGACAAGGAAUCAAGAUUCAACCGGUUGAAGAUAAGAUCUCGAGAAGACCUUCCGCCGCAUGCGAAGGUCAUGAUGAUGAACAGGAAUGGAGGUCGGGCAACUUCCUCAAGAGGUGUGUCAAUGGAAAGACCGAAUUCACUGGUUGCUUCAGAAAUGGAGAUGACUUUAUUCCCAUGGGAAGACAAGUCGAGAUCGGGAAAUUCACUUUCGAAUGCAGAACAACUCCAAGUGGAGCUGAAGUUGUACCGGUGUAA